AAGCUGAUUUAUCGUCUUGCUUAAGCACACGUAACGUUAGCUAGGAUUACCAACUUUAGUUUUCCAUAUCUAGCGUUUAACACAAUAUUGAUUUGACACCAAAUAAACUGUCAUAUCAAGGAUGGCAUCGCUCGGGGAACCUGUGCGGUUGGAGAGAGAUAUUAACCGUGCGAUUGAACUGCUGGAUAAGCUCCAGAGGACAGGGGAGGUUCCUCCUCAGAAGCUGCAGGCCCUUCAGAGGGUCCUACAGAGUGAAUUCUGUAAUGCUGUCAGAGAAGUGUAUGAGCAUGUGUAUGAAACGGUGGACAUCAACAGCAGUCCUGAGGUCAGGGCCAACGCCACAGCCAAGGCUACUGUGGCAGCUUUUGCGGCAAGCGAGGGACACUCGCAUCCUCGGGUCGUGGAACUGCCCAAGACAGAAGAAGGCCUGGGUUUCAAUAUAAUGGGUGGAAAAGAGCAAAACUCACCUAUUUACAUCUCACGGAUCAUCCCAGGAGGCAUCGCUGACCGACACGGGGGCCUGAAGAGAGGCGAUCAGCUGCUCUCCGUUAAUGGGGUGAGUGUGGAAGGUGAGCACCAUGAGAAAGCUGUGGAACUCCUCAAAGCAGCUCAGGGCACAGUGAAGCUGGUAGUAAGGUACACCCCCAAAGUCCUAGAGGAAAUGGAGUCGCGCUUUGAGAAAAUGAGGUCGGCGAAGCGCCGGCAACAGAACAACUAUCCCCAGUAGGAUUUUUCCAUGUUGAUACCGAGCUCCCAUGUCUCUCCUCUUCUAGCCUUCUGGCCAUCUGUUCUGGUCUCUUUCUUAUCCUCCUGCCCGAAAAGCAUAACAAAUAUACCUGAGUUUAGUUUUAGUUUUUACCCACACAUGCUGUAUAUUGUGCUUCUACAGUUUCCUGUAGCAUUUUUAAUCUUCACUACUGUACUGGACACUACAACUCUAGGAGAAUGCUAGCAUAUUCAUGAUUGUCAAUUUAGGUGGUCACUCACACCUUGUGCAUUAUUUUUGAAUUGGAAAAUUUGAAUGCAACUUUUGAGAUCAACUUCACAACUCCUUUGACUGGAAAGGUAGUGUUUUUAAUUCUUUGAUCACAGCCACUACCAAGUGCCUCAGGGCAAACAUGUUUAUCUUCUGUACUGUGUUCACAGCUCUCCUUUCUCUCUCUCUCUUUCUCUCUCUCGCUCUCUUUGGUGGUUUAAAGUCAAAAGUAAGAUUGGUUAUUAAAUGCUUGUGGCAGGAAUCACUACACACUUUGCAGCUGUUAUUCUCAAAGAUCAUCUGAUUUGAUGGAUGCAUGUUAAACAUCUGUAAAACGUGAUUGUGCAAACUUUUAAAAAAAGAAUAUACAGUUUUAUAUUAAUUGCCACUCUGCAGGCUUUGGGGGAGUUGAUGACAGUUUGACUUAUAAAGAAACAGUUGUAUAUUCGAUUUUUUUUAAAAGGGAAGAACUGGAAGGACAUUUCAAAACAAAAGGGAUGGAUCAUCUUUUAGGUUUUUGUUGGGCUUACCCUUGUUAGUUUUCUAACAUUAUAAGAAGCUCAGCACACACUGUGGGGUUUGUGAAGUCUAGCAUGUUCUGUAAAUGACGUAAUGGGGGCUCAGCAACGCAUGAACUACAUUCCUGCUGCUACAGAGACUCCGGUUUUCACUUUCAUCACGAACCUUUACAAACAAACCCAGCAGUCGGCGUGACAAGAGAUGAAAUCUGUCCAACUACUGAUUAAUUUGUCUUGAUGUAACGCCAGCUCUAAAACUUGAUGAGAAAUCAGUUGCACAACACGUCUUUUCAUCUUUGAUAAUAUCUUCUAGUUAGCAUUCUUUGCGUCAUUUAGUGACAGAAAAAUAAGACGUUAAUUAUAUCAAUGGUUUUCAGUCACGUAAUGCCUAAUGUGAGCGCAGGUGUUGAUCUCACUCAUGCUGUACAUGGUCACUGCUUAUUCAUCCAGGCUUUACAGUGUUUAGUGGCUUAUGCUGUAAAUCUAUUGCAUUGUCAUAUCUUUUGUAUUUUCUGUGCAUUUUUAACAUUUUGUUACAGUCUUGCAGAACAAAAAGUGCGUGAUAAAUGAAGCAUUAACUUUAUUUGGAUUUUUCUAUCCUGGCACCAUUGACAUCUUUAACAGACUUGAGGUGAAUCAUACAGAUGAAACGGGUGAUGCACUGAAAAAUAUCUUUAUUAUAAUUACCAUUUAACCACUUUUAUUAUAUUAUGGUUAUAUUCCAUUUAAAGACAAGGUAAAGCCCACAGAUUUCAAUAGUUUAGAGCAGGGUUUUUUUUUAAUAAUUGGCAUUUUUCCUUUAGAAUUUCAAGCAGUCAUCUUUACUCCAUUAAAGCCAGCUGUUUAGUGGCACCCAUGUACUCUUUACUUAAUAUAACAAACUGCAGAUCAUGUUCAAAGGAGAGACAUGUUAUCACUGAAUACGGCCACACUGCUAUGUUGGUUCUGAUCUGCGGUUUGAAGCAUCAAAACAGUGUCAAUAACUCCAGCACACAGAAAUAUACAUGUAGGCUUUAUUCCUACUGUCAUAAUGAUAUUUCUUACAUCAUGAGAAAACGGUUCUGAAGUAUUAAUGGCUAAAAGAAGGACAAUUCUGGUCUUUUUUCAUUGAGACGUCCCAAUGCGACGGUUAUGCCUACACGCAAUGUGUCAUUCAAACAAGUUCACAAGUCAUGGUUAUCUGUAAAUUACUUUAUUUUCAACAUAAAACGACAAAAGAGUAUUUAGAAACCUUGCUUUGCUUUCCCAGUGAAGAGGAAAAAUAGGUCUCCGCUACAGAAUAUCCAUAUUUACAUUAGAAUAUGUACCCAUGGUUUUAGCUGUGUAGGCCAUACUAUCGUCCAGUCUCAGGAGUGGUACAUCACAUUGUUGAGACAAGAGUUAAGUAGUGAUUCAGUAACUGAUGUAGAAAUUCAGUGGACGGUGGAUAAAAUAACAAACGCACAACAGUGUACGAACAAGUCCUGAACUGUUUGUCCUCUUAUGUUGAACCGUUGUUUGCAGUUUGUGGAUAUCCGGUCAAGUGUGUCAGUCUGCAGGUGUUUAACACACAACUGUCAUUAUUAGAUGAUGCUCCAUAAUUAACUAAUACAAUAGUUGUGCAGUAGGUCACUCAUUACAUGCUGUCCUUGGGCCUCUGUGGCUGAUUUUGUGAUGCAGGUUAUUCUUUAUCUCUGUUGGGGUUUUGGCCAUUUUAUCCACCACUUCUAAGACGCUCCAGCUAAUUCAAGUAUCAGUGCUUAGCUGAAAAAUGUGAUAUUGUCUGUGUCUAAAUGUAUCCUUACAGAGACACUUUAACCAUUUGGUCACCACUAAAUGCAUCACUCAAACAUGUUUUGUAAAGUACUGAAUUAUCACUAGAUAUUGGAAAAUAUCAGAUCGGAGUUAGGAAAGGAUUGUCUUUUUCAUGUUAAGAAAAUAACUAUCAAUUGAUGAUAAAAUUGCCAUUUUCUGAAUUCAAAAUUGGAGCAAACAAAUCCCUCCUUGGCAUGUUGUUCAUAAUAGUCUCUACAUCUGUCCAUGAUCACCUUCUGUUUCAACUCGAAACUUAAUUGUAACAGCAGCUGAAUUAUCUGUAUUCAAGCCAGUGGAAGAUGGUUUGUAUAUUACUUUAAUAUCGCAUUAAAUAUUGCAAGAAAAUUAUGAUACAUGAUGAUGCUUGAUGCUCCACGUUUAUCCAUUACUUCUUAUGAAAAAUGCUGAAUUUUAGGACAAAACUAUGAUAAUAAAACACACACACGGUACUGCAAAAACUGAAUGCAAAUCGAUGAAUCUAUGCAAAGUCGUUUAAAAAGUUUGGAAAUUUCCUAAUAUGGUGCAAAAUCAUUUUACUGUAGAAUGUCAGUCGAGGCUGUGUGGAGAAAUGUGAAUGUAACACGACAACUUUGGAAAAGUCGCACUUAAACACACAUGGCAGUUACGUAUAGUUGCGAGACACUUACAAUGUUUGAUAUUUCAACAUUCACAUAUUGAUCACCAUCAGGUAGCUGCAUUGAUAACAGCCUUGCUAUCUAAUUAAUGAUUGUCAGAAUGCAUGUGGAAGAGGCUUAUGUGAGAUGUGGUUAGUAAUAGACCAUUCCAAAGGCUACUUGGAGCAUUGUUUUCUCUUUUUUUCUUUCUUUUUGAGACAGAAGAUUUAGCAGAAGUGUCAGAGUGUACAUAAAAGUCGAAAUGUCUUAAUAUAAUGUAUAGAUUGUCCCUUAAUUGUGUUUUAUCUCCAUAUUAGCUAGUUGAAUUCACUGCUCACACACACACACACACACACACGUACGUGUAUUGUUAAUCAGGAAAAAACAUGGAAUGAGACUUGUAAGUGAUAUUGCACACUCUCCACUGAAUGUCACUGACCAUCGUUUGACUUAGUUUGCAGAAUUUUGUGAAGUACCCGUCAACUUUUUACCCGUUUUUCCUUGUCUAUAUAUUGGAAUGGUCAAUAGAGUAUUUUUUAUAAUAGUUUUCUUUUGAUAUUUUUCGCAAUUUUUAUAAGUGAUUUUCCUAAAAAAGAAAUUCCAGGAAUGAUUGGUACUUCCAUUUUGGCUGUGUACCAGGGCCAUAUCAGCAAAGUGUCUCAGAAAAGCAGCACUGACAUAGAAAGGCGACGUAUUGAUCUUAUAUCUGGAUCAGCGCUCUUUUCUGACAUCUGAACUGAUUUUUCUUUUCUUUCUAGUACCAAGACCAAACUUUCAACCUCUGUGAAAAUUUUUGAUAAUGUUUUGAAAUGUUUUAGUUGGUGCUUGUUUAGGAUUAUUACCUUGUAGAUUGUGUUGUGUUAUUUUGUGUUUGUUAUCUAAUUUACUGUGUUACAUUGAUGUGGAAUGUAAAAUGUUGUGAUGUAGAACUUAAUAAUUGGACUGGAGGCUAAAUAAACAGUGCAUAAAAUAACGAC